UAACCCAGUCCAAGGUUCACAAUCUUGUCAAGAACUUGACUUUGACUUGUCAAUUUCUAGCAAGACCUUACACAAGAUCCUGCCAAGAUCUUUCUAAAACCUUAUUAAAUCAUGCAAGAAACUGUAAAACGUUUUAUCACAUUUGUUGACCGAGACCUGGAGGUUGCCCCAGCAGCAGUAUCGAGGCUGUAAGCCUGGGCUCCUAACUACAAUGUGGCAACGGCCAAGCGAAGAAACGAGGUGAGGAGAAGGGUGAAGAGGAGUUGCUUUCUCCAGACGAUUUCCAAAGAUUAACUGACGGACAUGUGGCGCAGGAAAUCAAAAAGUUGUUUGAAAUUGCACAGAAAGAUCCUGAAGCAAUCUCACUCAGAGAUUUCAGCAGAAUGAGAGAUUAUGUCAUGCUUCGUGUCACAAUGGGGAGUGGGCAGAGGUACGGGGCAAUCUCGAACUUGUCCCUUAAAGACUACAUGGAAGGAGAAAAAAUAAGCGGGGAGGGAGACGAGGUGCUCUAUCGCACGAAGACGGCACGACACAAAACAGCAUCAAUUGGGCCGACCAAAUUGUUUUGGCGAGAGGACGUCAAAAAAAUGGCCGACAUCUACAUCAAACGUCUUCGGCCAAUGUAUGCAAACGAACUUUCGGUCAUCCCAGGAAAACCUGGAUUUGAAACAGGAGGAGGCCAUCUUCAUAACACUAAGCGGACGGGCAAUGAACGAAAGCAACAUAAGCCAAUCGAUCGUACGGCUUGGUAAAACAUGCAAAAGGAUUUAAAAGGAACACUGAAACAAUCUCGAUUACGAAAAUCAAUCAUAUCCACCCAUCGCAAUUCAGGAAGCACUACCAGCAAACAGGAAAUGGCGUCACAAAUGACGCACUCUGUCAAAACCGCAGACAAAUAUUACGAUUUGCGGAACACAAAUCAGACUGAUGCUGAGAUGGCAGAGUUCCUGCAUCGUAUCACGACAGGGGGAGAAACGGAGAUGGGCAAAAGCAGAGCAAGGAAUCCUGUAGUCCGUCACCGGAGGCCUUAAAAGAGGAGGAGACAACAAUGAAAAGGAAGCACGGUGAAAGUUCGAAAAGCCCUGGGUCAUCUCCAAAGAAAAAGAAGCAUAAAUCCCCAGGAUCAUCUUCGAAGAAAAGGAAGCAUACACAGUCCCCAGGGACAUCGUCAAAGAAGAUGGAAAUGCAGAAGCUGGAUGCCCGCCCAUCAAAACAAUUCCAUAGAGAAUUGUUUCCAGAUCAGGUCGCUGAGCUGGAUGAAAAAGAGGCAGAUUACCAAGGUCUGACGCCUGUGCAGGCCUUAGUAAUGGAGACCCUGAGCCCUGGGAAGAGAGUUUUAGAAGACAUUGCUUGCCGAAAAUACGCAAGGGACGAAAACAAGCUAAUCUACAAAGCAACGAAGAGCUUGCCCGAUCAUGCAGGAACAAAUGAGAUAUACGCCUGUUUGAUACAAGAUAAAUGUGUGUCCGAAAGCUCACUCUUAACGCAGCACACGCGGCAGUCCCUCAGGGACAAAUUUAAAAGUAUACGCAAAAAGGUCGCGGCAAAGAGAAAAGACAACCUGUAAAUAAUUUGUAAAUAAAAACAUGUAAAUAAUUUCAAACAUUGUACUAUAUUGAUAUUUUAGUUAAACAUAUCACA